AUUUAAAUAAAUUUAUUUCAAGAAAAUAUGAAUAUCACUGCUGUUGAGAAAUUUGGACUCGGACAGAAAGCGGUUUUUGAUGUUUAUGCGAAAGAGAAUAAUAGGCGUGCAGAUAUUGUUGAUUAUGGGUUGUUAGAUACAAUGCAUGAGUUGAAGGACCGCAGGUAUGGUAAAACGAAUAAGGCAAGAAAUCUGGAACCUUCUAUGGGAGAAAUGCUCUCUGGCGGAUAUACAGAAAGUCAGCAGCCAGUCAAGCCUGAGUACCUCUGCAACCUUGAUGAUAAGAACCUGACUGAGGAACAGGUCAGGGAGAUAGCAGAGAAGUUACUCAGGAAAGAACAGACUAAAGGAAAAUGGAUGACUGAGACUAGAGAUAACUUCAGAAAAUUUACUGAUGAUCCUGCAGAGAAUGUAUAUUAUAUAGGAAACCAGAUGCUAAACCCUCACAACUUUGGCUCCUCUAAGGAUCAUCAUUAUAAAACCUCAUACAAAAGAGACUUCGGAGAACCCAUCCCAGAUGAAGAUGGCCAUGAUAAUUACGAUUGCAAUCAGCCUCAGCUAGAACCAGAACUUGAAGCUCAAGAAAUCAGUCCGAAUAAGGCCAAAGGCUCCAAGUCAGCCAACAACAGAGGCAAGUCCAAAGACCAGAGUCCUGAUGAUAAAAUCGCUACUCGUCAAAAAACUCCAUUGAAGCGCAAAUAAAGACUUCAAGAAAUGGAUUUUCCUAAGAAACAAAGCCAAGUACGGGGUCGACCCUGUAGACAAGUCACAACUCACCAAGAUAGAGCGAGAUGAACUCAAGAAGCUUGAAGAACAGAUCAGUGUGUCUCGCUGGAAACCUGACACUCAUUUGAGGUCUCUUCACGGUAAACCAAUAUUCCAUCCUUACGGUAAAGGAAACACAGACCCCACUGUCGGAGGAAUAGUCUACGGAGACUACUUGCUUUCUCAUAACGUCCACCCUCACAGUGGAGACAACCGGCCCAAGUACCAGCAAGUGUACACUUCGGCUCACAACAAAGCCUUCGUCAACGGAAAGCCCACUUUGGAUCCGACGAGGCAAGAAGUCGAGCCUCCAAAGCUGACCAAAGAAGAACUUGAAGAACUCAAAAGCAGGAACCCCAUCAUGCCUGACAAGCCGAUGAGAGACUACAACAGAGAAGUCAAGAAGCUUGACCUGAUGAAGGAAGUGUGAUUCGCAAGCAAGCACGACACUCCUGCCACUUCUGAGUUCGUCACUUCGCAAAGGACCAGUGGGAGAAAGUCUGCUGCUCGGAACAAAUCUGCUGAAGACAGUUCGAGGUCUAAAGACUUCAAGCAAGAAUAUAGAAGACCGAUGAGUUCGAAGCCAAAAAGCAAGACUCACAAAGUCCAAGGCAAGGCUUCAUCCAAAAUUAACAUUAUGGGCAAAGCGAAGUCACAAGGGGCCAAACAACAGGUUGAAGUGUGUCCUCAAGAAGCCGUGAUUGACCAGGAGCAGUUGCUUCGCAUUCAGAGCUUAGCUAAAGAUGGAGGGUACAAGGCAGAUGGACACAAUCCCAAGAGAAGUACAGUUCUAGGCAAAACAAUGGCAAGCACACAAGACUUUGUGGAUACUCAACCAGUCGAGAAGCAAGCCAGACAGCCUACACACAAAGCUCAAGUUGAUGAUGAAAUAAAUGAAAUUGACGAGCUAGAAGUCAAGGAUGACUUCGAAGAACAAAUUGACCCUAAUACUUCAAGCCACACCCACGAACAUACUGUAAAUCCGACAGCGUUCCCUGUGGGAUUCCCAUUCUGCUUCUGUCCAACAAAGGACCAGCAGAUAACAAUGCAAGACAAGGACCCUCGCAGCUACACGUUCGUGCCUUCUUGCUGGACGAAGAGGAUUCCUCCGGCAGGCAAGCAGUCGUUCAAAGGAGACGCCGUGUACGGGACGGUGUUCCCUGAGCCUAAUUAGC